CGAUGCAGCACAGCACCAACCAGAGUAGUACAGCGCGAUGUCUGGGCAGCGCUUGCAGCUGUUGCUUCUCGCCGUCGUCGCGGCCGUCGGCGGCUGCGGUGCCUUCCAGCUCGAGGAGGCCACCGUCGACGCCAUCCAGCUCGGCUUCAGGAACGGCACCGUCACCUCCAGGCAGCUCGUCGUCGCCUACCUCGACCGCAUCGCCCGCCUCAACCCGCUGCUGCACGCCGUCGUCGAGGUCAACCCGGACGCGCUCGCGCAGGCGGACCGCGCCGACGCCGAGCGGCGGCGGUCGCCGUCCCCACGCCGCCGCAGCGCGCUGCACGGCGUCCCCGUCCUGCUCAAGGACAACAUCGCGACGCGCGACCGGCUCAACACGACGGCGGGUUCGCUCGCGCUGCUCGGCUCCGCCGUCAGGCGGGACGCCGGCGUGGUGCGGCGGCUCCGGCGCGCCGGCGCGGUGGUGCUCGGCAAGGCCAACCUCGACGAGUGGGCCAACUUCCGCUCCUUGGAGGGCACCGGCGGCUGGAGCGCGCGCGGCGGCCAGGGCAGGAAUCCAUAUGUGCUAUCAGCGGCUCCAUGCGGCUCAAGCACAGGGUCAGCCAUUGCAGCAGCAGCGAACAUGGCAGCAGUGACUCUUGGGACUGAGACCGACGGAUCCAUACUGUGCCCAUCGUCGUUGAAUUCAGUGGUUGGCAUCAAACCAACCGUUGGAUUGACGAGCCGAGCUGGCGUCGUCCCCAUCUCCCCAAGGCAGGAUACCGUCGGGCCAAUUUGUCGGACAGUAGCAGAUGCAGUACAAGUGCUGGAUGCUAUUGUCGGCUAUGACAGCCGUGAUGCGAAGGUCACAAGGGCUGCAUCAAAGUAUAUCCCACCAGGUGGAUAUAUGCAGUUCUUGAAACCUGAUGGAUUAAGAGGCAAGAGGAUUGGCAUCCCAAAUGGAUUUUUCAACUUCCCCAAUGGGACAGUGCAGCAGAUUGUUUACCAGCAACUUAUCGACACAGUGAGGAAACAAGGAGCAACCGUUAUUGAGAACCUAGACAUAGCAAAUUUGACUGUAAUACAAGAUGUCCUUAACAAUGGAGAACAGAUUGUGCUACCAGCAGAGUUCAAAUCAAGCCUGAACGCUUAUCUGUCAGACUUAUUGUACUCCCCAGUUCGCUCACUUGCAGACAUAAUUGCUUUCAACGACGCACAUCCCAUUGAGGAGAGGCUAAAGGAUUUUGGGCAGCUCGUCUUCCUGGUCGCCGAGAACACCACCGGCAUCGGCCGAGCCGAGAGAGCGGCGAUCCGUCGGCUAAACAAGCUCUCAGCCGACGGGCUGGAGAAGCUGAUGGCGGAGAAGCAGCUGGAUGCAGUCGUCACGCCCAACGACUCGAUCUCCACCGUCCUCGCCAUCGGCGGCAUGCCGGCGAUCACCGUGCCGGCCGGGUACGGCGGCAGGGGGGUCCCCUUCGGCGUCUGCUUCGGCGGGCUGAAGGGCUAUGAGCCGAGGCUGAUUGAGAUGGCCUAUGCGUUUGAGCAGGUCACCAUGGUCAGAAAGGUCCCCAAGUUCUUGAGUACAACAUUCUAGUGAGAGAUUUGCAUCAUAGACAUGCAUGUGUUGGUGUAACUUGGUGAUCAAAUAAAAUUCACACCUAAUAAAAUUCAAUAAUUCAGUGGAUUGAGUUUAUCAAACACGGAGUAGUUGGGGUUGGUUAUGGAAAUUUUGUAGGAAUUAUGGAUACUUCUCUGGUACAUGGAAUUAUUAUAGAGUAAUCAUUUUAUAUUUAUAUAAAGAUAGUAGUUCCAUGUAGGGGUGUAAGAAAGCUAGCUCGGUCAUGAUUUAUGAACCCACUUUCUAUGAUAAUUA